AGGCAAAGGCACGGCUCAGUCAGAACGAGAGUGUCUGGUCGGUCGGAUUUUCUUUCGGUGAACCCGCUCCGGUCCGGUCGCUCUUAGACGGUAACAGUGACGGUAGAAGUGGUGUUACAAACAGGCACUUGUCUGUGUUUCUGUGUGUGUGUGUGAGGAGGGUGGUUGUGCAGCAGAAGAGUGGGUGUGGAUGUGGUGUGGGCCCUCUCACCCCCAGGGGAGUGCAGUGUAUGGAAACAAUAGAUAGUUGUUCGAUUGUUUUGCUCACUGAUUGUUACUGUUAAGAAAGGGUGAACCUCUCCCCACCACCAGUGGGUUAAAAAGUGAAGGAUUCAGGCUUUAGUUUCCCAGCUUUAAUAUAUUUUCCGAUUUAAACAAACAAACUUCGCGUUUACUUUUCUUCACGGACAUUCGUGGUACGCUUUGCAUGUGUGUGCUGUGUGUUUCUGUGCUCCACAUAUCACGUGCACGCGUGUUAGUGCGACGACAAUGCUGAUAAUGCAGUGAAAAUAGUGCUCGAGUCCUGUAGGAGAGCCACACCAAAAAGAGAAAAGAAAAACAAAACCAUAACUAUCUCGCUCUAUAAGUGUGCGUGUGUGCGUGUGUUUGUAUGCUGAAAAUCGCAGUCAAGGAAAAUCGGUAAACGUAACGAACCGAGCGGAGUGCGGGAAUUCGUUUCGAUUCGCGGGAAAACGCAAUUGUGUGUGUGAGAGAAAGAGGGUGCGUGCGUGUGCGUAUGUGUGUUUGUGAUAGUUUGAUGAUUUUCCUUUGCUCCUUAUGAAUGGAAAGGGCUGUCCAGCAAUCGGCAGCAGCUACGUAAUCGAAUUCAGCAUCGGAAAACUUAAACAGAUACGCAAGUACACGCGUGUGUGCGCGCGCGCAACCAGGAUAACAAUACGCUUCGACACCAAUACAGACGAGCGCACGUGAUCCCUUCUGGCGACACACGGAUUUACUCAGUGCAAAUACGUAAUCAAAGAAGUUAAUUAGAAAUCGUCGCUGUAAAAAUAAAAAACAGGAAAAUCCAAUUGGAAAAUACCAAGCGAGUGAUCAAACUAGAAAAAUCAAGUCCUUCGUCCAGCAGUACCCAUCUAAAAGGCCCACGUUUCGUUCGUUCCUUCCUGAAGGCAAGGAAAGGCAACACAGCAAACCAUGGGCACGGUACUGAGCUUUAGCCCCCGGGAGCGUCGGCCCAUCUACUCGACGCACCAUCACAGCGCCGGCACGCUGUCGUCCUCGAACUCGGCCGACUUUCCGCUCAACAACUACUCGUACGAGCAGCUGAACAAUGCGAAGAAUCGCGAGAGCGCGCAAACGAAACCGCCGAACCUGAUACAAACCGUGCCUAACAACAGCCAUGGGCUGAACAUGAGCAAGGACGACUGCAAGAACAACAACAAUCCCGGCUCCCAUGGCAACAACAACAACAGCCACAGCCACAAUGCCGGCUCGGGGAAUAAUAACCAUAGCAACAACAACAACAACAACAACAACACCAGCAACAACCUGCUGCUGCUGCAGCAGACGCACCAGAACAACAUCAUGACCGGCAGCGCGAACAUCAACAACAUCAACAACAACAUCAGCGGCGGCAACAACAACAACGGCAAUAGCAUACAGGAGCGCAACAACAACAACAACAGCAACCACAGCAACAAUGCGGACAGUGCGCGCAUCCUGUCCGAGAAGAAUGCGCUCGAGAAGAAUCUGAAGAAGCAUUCGCUGUUCAUCAAUGCGCUGUCGUGGAAGCGACUGGCCGCGUCGCACGGCAAGAAGAAGCUGGACAACAACAAGAACAAGUCGGCCAAUCUGGCCACGGCCACCAGCUUCCGGACGCCGCUGACCGACACGAUCCACCCGCUGCUGGACAAGAACAAGAACCUGCAGCAGUCGCAAUCGUUCACGCAAACGAUCAGCAGCCAGCAGCUGCAGCAGCAGCAGCAGCAACCGGCCACGAUCGUGCUCAGCCAGUCGGCCGGCUCGGGCGGGCAGCCGAGCAGUGGUGCGGGCACACAGUCGGUGGUGGGGCUGGUGGGAUCAUCGGGUGGCGCUGCCGUCGGGCUUGCUGACCGGCCGCCGCAUCACCAGCAGCAGCAGCAGCAAUCGCACCAUCUGCAUCCUCACGGACAGAUGGUGGUUGCUCAGCAGCAGCAGCAGCAACAGGCGGUCUACUUUACACCGCGCGGUCCUAAGGCACUGCUGGCGCUGGAUCUGGUGCGGGCCAACAACACGAACCCCCUGUCCCAGCCGGACAAGCUCGCCCAGAAGCUGCCACUGCAGCUGCCGAUGCCGCUGCAGCCGAUUGUGAACCAGCAGCAGCAGCACAACGUGCCGAUGGGCCAGCAGCUGCACCACGGGCACGGGCCAAGGAAAACCGUCAUUCAGGCAUCGACGUCAGAGCUGCUAAAAUGUUUAGGAAUGUUCCUGCACGACCGAUGCCGCAAGCUACGCGACUUCCAGGCCGGCGACGCUGUGAUGUGGCUCAGGGCCGUCGACAGAAGCUUGCUGCUUCAAGGAUGGCAGGACGUUGCCUUCAUCAACCCGGCGAACGUGGUGUUCGUCUACAUGCUCGUCCGCGAGCUGGUCGACGGCGAGGAAACGAAGGAAGCGGAACUGCAAGCCGCCGUCCUAACCUGCCUCUACCUGUCCUACUCGUACAUGGGCAAUGAAAUUAGCUACCCGCUGAAACCGUUCCUAGUGGAAGACUCGAAGGACAAGUUCUGGGACAGAUGUUUGCUGAUCGUGAACCGCCUCUCCUCGAACAUGCUGCGCAUUAACGCCGAGCCGGGCUUCUUCACCGAAAUCUUCACCGAGCUGAAGGCGUGCGGCAUGAGCACGAACGCGAACGCCGGCGGCAACCUGCCGUGCGGUGCGGCUUGACGCUCCCGGCAUCCGCGCGAGGUCGUCGUCCGGCUCUCGAUUGCCGGCCAGCAGCAGAAGUACCAGCACGCGACCAGCACCCUGCAGGAGCUGACCAGCGUCGUCUGAUGCGCACCGUAAAUGCGGGGACCAUCCCCCACUCUCGCAACCCCAUCUUGGUCCAUCUUGGUGGCGUCUCCCCGGGCAAGGGGAGUUGACGCCUAGCAGCUAGCAGAGAUGCUCAUCAUACGCCAGAAAAAGGAGGAAUCGGUGAAAACGGUGAAAGUGAAACAAAAAAAGGAGAUAUGUUUAAUAGUUCGUUGGGAAUGUACCAUUCCUUAUUCCAUUUAUUGUUUUUUUAUUGAUGCGUCCUCAUCCCGUGCCCCGUCUUGUGCGAUUGCGCUGGAUAGCAAUUGGGCAAGAGCAUGCCCGAGUGGGGCGGUGCACAGGAGAGCAAGACGGGUGACCUUUGUCGAAGAAAAGAAAAAUCUGCACUCUGCAAUUUGCCUCAACUUUAGAUCUCAACUUGAAGGGUUUAAACUCUACAGAAAGCAAAACCAACCAAAAGCUACCAAUACUCAGUAUAGUGCCAUCUCGUUCAACUACUUCAAGGAGGUAUGAAAGCAAGGCAAGGACGAAACGAAAGGACUCUUUCCUUUCGAUCGUACAACAGAGAUCUAGUCAAGAGCAAUGUUCGAAUCUCAGUUCUUUAGAGAGAAGAGUAGUAAGAUUUGAUCCCUUUCCUCGUCGACUGUCCGGAAGGGUGGACAGGCACUAACGAUGGCAGUAGUAGUAACGAAAACAUAUGGGAUUACUUUUGCAAUAGUUUGAACUGGCAGCAGACAGUCACUUCUGUGAAGGGAAAGGAGAAAAUAAAGUGUAUUUAAGUCCCAUACAAAACAACAACAAAACAAAACAUACGUACCAAGCUCGACCAGAAAGCAAAACAAAACAAAACAAAGCAAGGCAACAUCAUGACGCACGUGACAUGAGAAAGUAAUGUGAUUUAAAUCUAUAAAAACAUUCGUUAAGCGGCAUUAAAUUAGCGGAACCUCACACAGACACUCGAUCACGAGCAUACAGUAAAUGUGAGUAAGAAAGGGACAGCAGCAAACCGCUUCAAAUAACCCCAUCAAGAAAAGUAUGAAAAACAAACGACAACAGAUAUACCAAAUAUACCGUACACUAGAGACAAAAAGAAGCAUCAGAAAAAGAAAGCAUAGGAAACCUACGGAUAAAAACACUGCCCUACACCAGUCCGACGCAAUGGAAAGAAUGUAGAAGAAUGAAGAAAACAGAACAAACGGCAAAAGAAAGCAUAAAAACGUUGCAUGAAAUCGUUAAAAUGUUGUACAAAAUCGAACAAAAAAAGAAGAAAAACGAACAAGUUAAAUAGUAGGAACGUGUCUGUGUGUGUGUGCGAUGUGAGUUGUGAAUGAAAGUAGAAACAACCAAAAUGAAACAAGCAAGUAAAGUGGUUAAAAGAACGGUUACAAGGGGUAAGGAAGGAUUCAAUCCGGUCACAGAGAAAAGAUAAACUCAAACUUGGGAUGAAAUUAGUGGAUUUUUGCGAUUUGUGGACCUUGUUUGUCAGCUUUGGGGUAAAAAUCCCAGGCCCACCCAGGGCCACAAAAAAGGGGCAAAACAUUCCAUUUGUUUUUUUUUGUUUGUUUGUUUGUUUCAAACUCCAUACAAAAGCAAAACCGGAUAUAGUAACCGAAUGAGGAUAGGAUACAUCCUGCACCGAGGUACAUUAACGCAUCCCCUACCGGCGGAUAUUAAACGGACGAUGAGUGGGACAAAGGAUGUUCGUUUGAUCCUUUUAUCGAUCCCUUUCGCGGGUACUAACCAUUUUCUGUAUAUUGUCAAGUUCAUGCAGUGAAUGUUAUUGGGGUUUCUUCUCUCUUUGCGUUACUGUCACGCAGCGGUUAGGUUAGCUAGGAAGGGCGUGGAUAAGUGGAGCGGAAAACCGUAGCGGAUGCCUGUAGUGUGAUAGUGUGGUGUGGUUUUAGCGUUUACUCAAUCGCAAACUGGACCGGUCUGUCCGGUCUGUCUGUGGUUGUUCCAAAAAAAAAAGCAAAGGCUACUGAUCUCUAAACGUCUCUCUAGUCAACGGAUAUGUCGACAGUGAUGGGGCUCACCCCAUGUGCGGUACAAUACAGUCAUCUACAGUGCGUAACACAAUUAUAGCACGGCUUGUUUCGUUUGUGUUUGUAUAUGGAAAAUAUUAUAACAUGAUAAAAUCGAUUAAAAAUUUGAUGAUGUAUUUUGAAUCAUACAAAAGCUCAUUCAUACUUGGUGGGGCUAUUUUAUGUUUAGUAAGAACAAAGAUUUCAACAAAAAAAUGAACAUUUACAAACCGUAAUGUUCUUAAUUCCAGAAAAAAUUGGUAAUUUCUUUCGAUCUAUACAUAUUUUUUAAACAUGUUUUAAGAUAUUGCUAACAUGUUAUGGAAUAUUCAAUUUAGUCAAAAUUCAGUUGAAUGUUUAGCAGUUCACAACACGGAUUAAAUCGAUGCAAAAAAGCUGAAAUUAAAAAGAGUUUAAAAUUUUAAAAGUUUUAAAAUUUAUGCCAUAGAACGUUUUCAAAUGCAUUUUACAAUACAUUUCUUUUAUGUCAGCUUCUAAGAAACUGCUUGUAAUUAAGCACUAAUUUUGGAAAAAGGUCUUGUGCGGUAGCUACACAAGCUUGUAGUAAGAUUUUUUUUUUGUUUUUGUAAAUCCUUCCCUAUUUGAAAAAGAUUUUGAUACUCUAUUGAUGGUGUAAAAAUGCACUACUGCAGCAUUUAUUUUUAUCAAUUUCAAUUCAAUGUUUAUCAACUUGAAUCAAAACAAACCAUACCUUACUAUAACUGUGUUGCGCACUGUAUAACGCUAUGUGUUACAUUGUGUUACAUUGUGUUACUGUUACAUUAUGUUAUUUUAUGUUAUUACAUUUAUUUAUUUCUAAUAAGCAUGCCGUGCAAUUUAUUUGUUUUCCUACCAAAAUGAUGCUUCCGUUUAAUGCAUUCCGUCUAGAGUUAAUUUUCACAUAUCAGGAAUGUGUUUAAGUAAUGUGAUUUUUCUUCUCCUUUCGUCCACUUUCGUUUGAAUACUUUCAGCAAAUGCUCACACGAAGGAAUGGUGGUAUUUUAUGAUAUUAAUUUACCUACUAAGCUAGCAUUUAAAUGCAAAGGUAUUGGUUUGAUUUACGACCUAAAACACAACCGCUUUACCAACGAAUUCAAAUCCGUCUCUUACGCAGUACUCACACGGGGGAAGAAGCUUAUAAUUAUUAAAGCAUCCGCGGUUACGACUUACGUUCCAUACUAUAUCAUUAAAAUUUAAUUGCUACAUUUAAGGAAGAAAGGAAUAGAAUCUUUCAAUUAUACAUUUGUUCCUUAUUUUGAGUGCAAUGUUGUAAAUAGAAGUAAAUGCUACACACAAGUGAAAAAGAACGCUGAAUAGUGUGUGUGUGGGGCAAAACUGGACAGCAACUGGCUAAAAGAACGCGAUCCCACACGUGGUGAUCCACCGCAUUCCAUCCAUCCAGAAGUCGUUUCCAUUCCUUUCUUUGCUAAUUCUUAAGAUUGAUCGAUGUGCCCAGUCGGUCGCCUAAUUUACAUACAGGGUUUGCCAAGAGUGCUCAUAGUUGUGGGACACAUUAGUGACUCUUUCUUAUGGGAAGUGAACUUUAUAUGAUGGAAAUUGGACUCUAUGGCACCCUUUUUGCACAGCCUCCUUGGAAAUUCCUAUUAGAUUUGUCCAACAAGGAUGCUAUAGAGUCCAAUUUCCAUCAUAUAAAGUACACUUGCCAUAAGAAAGAGUCAAGGAAUUGUCCCACAGCUAUAUGAACUUCUGGAAAGCCCUGCAAGUGUACAGUAACAGGGACAGUAAGUUUCUGUACUCAAGAGCACGUAACUCUAAGCAUAUUGAGUGUCAUUCGUUGUCCAGCCAUUAAGAACAACUUUAAAGUCAAGCGGCCCCAAACUCGGGUUUGCGCAGUGAGAAUGUUUAAUAACAUUUUGUGUUUUUUUUCGUUUUCUAGAUGAGUGAAUCUCGCCCUAAUAAUCUCAACCCUCGAAACCCACAAAUGACAACGCUUAGUUUUAUGCAUAUCUCAUUCUAUUCCGUUCCAAACCAAAUGUCCAACCACAAGAGUAAAGCGAUGAUGGGUGGUAAGAUAGGGUAAGAUCUUUGAGCGAGCGAACGUAAUUUGGAAGUUAGUAGGUGUGGCCGGAUGAUGUGCAAUUAGUAAGCAGUAAGGGUGCAUGUGUGUGUGUGUGAGUAGGAAAACCAUAAAUCCAAAAGAUGUUUGCCAGUGCCGAGUUGUGUAAUAAUAAUGGGCGCUCGCAACAAAAAUAAACAAUUCGAAAAAGAAUUCUUCUUCCACAUUUGUAACACCUAUAGAUGAAAUGAAUAAAGUAUAAAGAUUUCCACCCCAAACCUCCCAUUUUUUAAUGGUUUCCCCAACGAAGGGGCACUGUUGAAAGUAUUACGACCUAUGGAGGAAGGAAAAGGAGUAGAAAACGGAGCUAGAAACCUACGAAACAAAAAAAAAACAAGUACACUAAAUUUGGUAGUGGGACCCUCUUCUGUAGAUGGGAUAAAUCAUAGAAAACGGAACGGGAGAAAGGAGAAACACAAAACUGGUUGAUUAUAAUGAGUAGAUUAACGUAAAAUUGCAAAACUGAACAGAAAAAUACAAAAGACAUGUAAUAAAAGAUAAAAAAACAGAAGAAGAGAAAAAACGAACAAACACACAAACACAAAAAAGAAAAUAACAAAACAAAAAACAAUACGAAUAAAACACACUGGAAAAGAAAACACUACUAUGGAUAUAAUGUUGAAUGUUGAAUUAAAAACUUGAUAACCCUUUAGUAAAGUGAGAGCGGAGGAGUUACGAAGAUUAAAAAAAAGAAGACAAGUAGCAAGAAGUUGCAUCGAAACUAAAAAGAAGAGGAAGCAAACUGAACGAGCACUAAGCAUCGCCGGUAGUAAAAGUGGGCUGACUCCAUCGUAAAGAGGGAAAGUGCGUUGAAUUAGACAAAACAAAAAACAAAA